CGGGAGGACACAGUUUUGCGUCAGUAAGUUCAAGAUCAGCAUGUGCCACGCGGGACAUUCGCGCAAGUAGUGAACAGUUCUGGGGAAUAGACUGAAACGAGUGCAUUUAUCUGCAAGCCCAAAACAUAACCGUAAUUCUAAGUGUGGAACUGGAUUAAUGGUGACGUGAUUGAAGUGCAAUCGAAAAUGAAAGUGAUACGAUUUCUCCUGCUUUGCGUGCUAGUGGCAGCAACAUGUGCGAAUCCCGCUGUGGAUAACGGGAGUCCCAUCAACCAUGCGACGCCGAAUGCAGCCAGCAAAUCCACCCUGGAGGAGUCCUUUGUGAAACAUUUGGGAGUCAAGUGUACACAAAAGGAUAACAGCUCCUGUGUGAUGCUGAAACUGGUGAACUACAUGAACCGGAUACUGAAAAAGUCUAGCAUUGCGCUGGGCGAUAGCGUCGAGCUGACGCAAACAAGAACCAACGACCCCAUAGCGGACGACCCAGAGGAGCUCUCGGUCCUGAGCCGUUCGGCCAGCUCGGACGACCACAAGCUCAGUGUCAUCGUGGCGGACAAAAUCUGGCGCUUCAUCCAGAGUCGCAGCGUCAAAUGGAAGGCAUUCCGGGCGGCGGACGUGGUCGUCGCAUCCGGCGAGGGCGGCAGGCUGAACUUUGGCGUUUCGCUCGAUACCAAAAAGCUGCUGGAGGAGGGCCGUGGAAAGAUGAAAAACUACCACGCCAUCCUGAUGGCUGUGGUGAUGAAGGCGGGCAUCCUCGGUGCGUUGAUUCUGAAGGGAAUCGCUCUGCUCGUCGGUAAGGCACUGUUGGUCAGCAAGUUGGCACUGCUGCUGGCCAGUGUGAUUGGAAUCAAGAAGCUGCUGCACAAGAAGCACGUGACGUACGAGGUGGUGGCACAUCCACCGGAGCACCAUCACCAUCUGGACACGUACAGCUCCGGGUGGGCAAGGGCCAUCGAUGGGUUCGUCGAUUCGUUUGCCAAGAAGCUGGAGAACAACUUGGUUAUGAAGGAUGCCGACGAGAUGGCCUAUGGGGCGCAGAGACCGCAGUGAAUUUCCCAAUGCGUGAACUGAUGAGAUUUUACUUUUCCUGCUGAUGAGCCAUUCCGAUGCGAUGGCUCGCACCUGGUACCUGAGAUUACUUCCGUGUAUCGUUCUAUCCUGUGAUAUUUCUUCUUAUCCAUGUGUGUCUAUUUGUUGUGCUGAUAAUUUAUUUAUGAACUAACUUAUUUAUUGCUAUUUAUUUAACAGAAAUAAACGACUCUCGUGUUUUCCGGUAGUUUUCU